AUGUUUUGUCUGAGCUUGGCCCUGGCCGCCGCGACCCUGCUCAGCGUAACGCGCGCCCAAAACGAAUCCUACUGUUGCACAGCUCUGACCCAGAGUCCUGUAGCCAAGCGCGUAACCUACCCUGGUCAAAAUGCGUACGACGCGAGUAUCGCCUCUUAUUUCGAUGGAAAGAGCAGACUGUCGCCCAACUGUAUCGUGCAGCCCAAAAACGCCGAGGAAGUGGCUACAAUUGUCAAGGCUCUUACGACUGCCAGCAUACAGAAGACUUGCAAAUUUGCCGUACGAUCUGGUGGCCAUACUCCGAUUCCUGGCGCCAACAACGUCGACGAUGGCGUCACAAUCGAUCUGCUGAACAUGAAUGGAACCACCUACAAUGCUGAUUCCGAGGUAGCAAGCAUCUUACCAGCGGCGAGAUGGGGCUCUGUCUACGCAGCUCUUGAGCCAUUAGGACGUAUGGUAGCCGGAGGCCGAGGCAGUACCGUCGGCGUUGGUGGCUACCUACUAGGUGGUGGGAUAUCUCACUACGCACCUCGCGUUGGAUUGUCUUGUGACAACGUGAUCAAUUUUCAGGUCGUUCUUGCCGAUGGUCGCGUUGUAAAUGCCAACAAGACGUCUAAUGCUGAUCUCUUCACUGCUCUCAAAGGGGGUAAUAGCAACUUUGGCAUCGUAACGCGUUAUGACAUGGAGACAUUUGAGAACGAAGAUCUCUGGGGAGGUAUCGUCUCGUGGCCUGCAUCCACCGUCAGCCAGCAUUUCAAGUCGCUUGUCAAUUUUGGUCUCGACCCGAACAGAGAUCCAAACGCUGCUCUGAUCCUCUUCCAAGGAUACUCAACAGCGAGUCCCGUGAACGUCGUACGAGCUGCGUUCGAUUACACCAAACCCGUGGCUCGCCCGGAUGCCUACAGCGAGUUUCUCGCCGUCAACAACACCCUCAGCGAUUCUACCAAGAUCCAGCCAAUGAACGCGAUUGCUGCCGAGUUUGGUAGUGACACAACCAAACGAGUUCAAUUCCGUACCCUCUCAUACAAGAUUGAUUAUGAGACUCUUCAGGAGACAGCGCGUCUAUACGACAUCAUGCUGACGGAGCUUCGAGCCAAGGCCUCUGGACAAUGGCGCAUCUCGUGCUUGCACCAGGUCUUUGCCACAAGCUACACGGCGAACAGUACAGCCAGAGGCGGCAACGUGCUUGGGUUGGAACGCUACACUGAAAAUUUCAUUAUGUAUCAGUCAUACCUACUUUGGUCCGAGGCGAAGGAUGAUGACCUGUUCAUUACUCAGGGCAAGAUGCUGACCGCCGGCAUUCAGAAGUUUGCCACAGAGAAAGGCACAGCGGUGGAGUACCUGUACCUCAACUAUGCCGAUAAGGACCAGGAUCCACUUUCGGCUUAUGGCGCUGACAAGGUGGCAUUCAUGAAGAAGGUCGCGAAGAAGUACGACCCGACAGGCGUCUACCAGAGUCAAUUGCCGGGCGGGUUCAAGAUUUCUCAGGUGUAG